AAUAUCACUCGCUGUCCACGUUACAUAGCUCUCAAUAGGGACAACAUCAGCAGCCAAGACUCCCUUGACCCCAUCACCAUUGUCCACAUAAACCCAAGAUGACUUCAGCAGCUGCCCAGCAGCAAGCGCUGCAGAGCGCCUCGUUCAACGUGGGAUCGACGUACAAAGUAGUGGAUGUGAUUGGAGAAGGAGCAUACGGAGUGGUCUGCUCUGCCGUACACUUGCCAUCACAAACUCGGGUGGCCAUCAAGCGGAUCACGCCAUUUGAUCACUCCAUGUUCUGCCUGAGGACACUGAGAGAGAUCAAGCUCCUCAGGCACUUCAAUCACGAAAACAUCAUCUCUAUCCUAGACAUCGUCCGCCCUGCCAACGUCGAAUCGUUUCAGGAAGUGUACCUCAUUCAGGAAUUAAUGGAGACGGAUAUGCAUAGAGUCAUUCGAACCCAAGAGCUCUCGGACGAUCACUGCCAAUACUUCAUCUACCAGACACUUCGAGGUCUCAAGGCACUUCAUUCCGCACAAGUGCUACACCGAGAUCUCAAGCCCUCGAAUCUGCUACUCAAUGCCAACUGCGAUCUCAAGAUUUGCGACUUUGGUCUGGCAAGGAGUGCAAAUCAACCCGAAGCCGAGGGUACAGGAUUCAUGACCGAAUAUGUUGCUACGAGGUGGUAUAGGGCACCUGAGAUCAUGUUGACUUUCAAGGAAUACACAAAGGCUAUUGACGUUUGGUCGGUGGGCUGCAUUCUGGCAGAGAUGCUUUCGGGGAAGCCCCUCUUCCCCGGACGGGACUACCAUCAUCAGCUCUCACUGACCCUCGAGAUCCUGGGUACACCCUCCCUCGACGACUUCUACGCCAUCUCCUCUACACGGUCCCGCGACUACAUCCGUGCCCUGCCCUUCAGGAAACGUCGCAACUUCUCUCAGAUGUUCCCCAACGCCAAUCCCUUGGCAGUGGACCUGAUGGAGCGUUGUCUCACCUUUUCGCCAAAGAAGAGGAUCACAGUCGAUGAGGCCCUCGCCCACCCUUACCUCGAGCCUUACCACGAUGCAGACGAUGAGCCCACUGCCGAGCCUCUGGACCCGUCAUUCUUCGCAUUCGACUAUGCAAAGGAGCAGCUCUCCAGGUCGCAACUCAAGGAGCUCAUCUUCGUAGAGUGCACCCGAUGAGAGUGCAGAUGGAAAUGCAAGUGGCUCGCCUCCAAGCAUAGCAGGUAAAGGGUACAUCCUCUCAGAUGUUGCCGAGCAAGUGGCAGAUGGCAAGCAGGCUCGCAAUCUGGACCACUCAGCUCGCGAAUGACAUACUUCGCUCGACCUGACGAGCCAAAAGUCGCAUGGUCGUCCCACCAACCUGCCCUGAUAAGUAUCAGCGGUCAUCCCGGGCGCCGAUUCGUAGCGAGUGCCUACCUCAAUAGGAAGCCCUUCCUACGCAGACUCAUAUUCACACUCAUAUUCAUACUCAUACUCAUAUAUACCUUUGUCCCCCCGCCUCCCUGGUUUCCUAUCGGUCUUUCCCUUCUUCGUGUCCCUUCACCCCCCCCAAUUCCGAAAGUUGUAUCCGAGUGUCAAAGUCAUUCCAAGUCAUUCCAAGUCCAGUCGCCGAGUCAUUC